AUGACUGAGAAUAACAAUUUAGACAAUUUAGUAAUAGUUGAUGAGCAAUAUGGAAUUGAGAAUUAUAAUUUAGUAGUUAAUGAACGAUAUGGAAUUGAGAAUUAUAAUUUAGUUGAAGGGCAAUACAUGAUUGAGAAUAACAAUUUAGGCAAUUUAGUUGAUGAGCGAUACGGGAUUGAGAAUUAUAAUUUAGUUAACGGACAAUACAUAAUUGAGAAUAAUAAUUUAGUUGAGGGACAGUAUGAGGCUGAGAAUAAUAAUUUAGCUGAGGAACAGCAUGAAAUUGAGGAGAAUAACUUUG